GAGGUGGUGGCAGUGUCAUUUGUAAGUGUAAGUAAGUAGGGAAAAAGCGAAGGCAUCUCUAUCUCUCUUUUAGUCUUUUAGUCCUUUUAGUCUUUGUUCACUUUGCAGUUUGCAGCUGUUGUUUCUCGGCACCUCUGUUCUCUGCUCAACACUUAAGUGUGUGUGUAGAGAAAGCUAGAGUGAGAAAGUGAUACAUAUAGAGGGAUAUAGAGAGAGAGAAAUGCAGCAGCACCUGAUGCAGAUGCAGCCCAUGAUGGCAGCCUAUUACCCCAGCAACGUCACCACUGAUCACAUUCAGCAGUAUCUUGAUGAAAACAAGUCAUUGAUUCUGAAGAUUGUUGAGAGCCAGAAUUCAGGAAAAUUGACUGAAUGUGCAGAGAACCAGGCAAGACUACAGAGAAACCUCAUGUACCUGGCUGCAAUUGCUGAUUCUCAACCCCAACCACCCACCAUGCAUGCUCAGUUCCCUUCUAGUGGCAUUGUUCAGCCAGGAGCUCACUACAUGCAGCACCAACAAGCUCAACAAAUGACACCACAGUCGCUCCUGGCUGCACGCUCCUCCAUGCUGUACACCCAACAACCAUUUUCGGCCCUGCAACAACAACAAGCCAUCCAUAGCCAGCUUGGCAUGGGCUCUGGUGGAAGUGCAGGACUUCACAUGCUGCAAAGCGAGGGGAGUAAUCCAGGAGGCAAUGGAACACUGGGGACUGGUGGGUUUCCUGAUUUCAGCCGUGGAACUUCUGGAGAAGGCCUGCAGGCUGCAGGCAGGGGAAUGGCUGGUGGGAGCAAGCAAGAUAUGGGAAAUGCAGAAGGGCGAGGAGGGAACUCAGGAGGUCAGGGUGGGGAUGGAGGUGAGACUCUUUACUUGAAAGCUGCUGAAGAUGGGAAUUGAGAGAUAAGAAAUGAAGCUAGUUGUCUGUUAACAUCUGAACCUAGAAGAGUUUAGUAGGAAAAGACCAACUGAUAAAAAUGAUGCUUGAACAACUUAUGUGAUGCAAAACAAGGUGGACACUUACCCUUUAGACCUUGGGUUUGAUGUUUUUUUAAGUCGUGAGACAAAUGCAUCUUGUGGUAGUGCAUCAUGUAAAUUGUAGGUUAUAUCCUU